CUUCUUAGACCCCUCGUGCUGUAACUCUUGGUUCCAUCGUCUGGCACUCAUAAACCUGCCCGCAAUGAGCUGGAGCUCACCGCUAGCCUCUUCUGCACCGAGGAUCUCCUUUCAUGGAAAAGAACUCAUCAAAGUUGCAGGAGGAGAUAAGCCCCGUAGCCUCAGUGUUAAGUUUGCUUCAUCAUCGUCUGCAAUAUGGGCAGCAAACUUUGCAGGUAGUAUGUUGGCGGCGGAUGCUGCAAAGGCUUUGGCAGUUGAGCGCAUUAUGCAGGUCAGUCCCAUUCAAUUUUUGGGCGACUUGAACAUUGGUGAUUGGUUCGGAAGUUUCUUAUAUUCUGCCGGACAACAGGCUAAUGCAGCAGUCCAGGAUCAGUUAUCUUCUCUGAGCUUCGCUAGUUUGGCGGUUAUCUUUGGCGCAGGCCUUGUAACUAGUUUGUCUCCGUGUACACUGAGUGUCUUACCGUUGACAUUAGGUUACAUAGGAGCUUUUGGCUCUGGAAAAAGUCAAACUGAGGGUAUUGCAAAUUCAAUUGCUUUUUCAUUGGGGCUCGCAACAACAUUAGCCCUUCUAGGCGUUGGAGCUUCUUUUGCAGGAAAGGCUUAUGGACAAAUAGGAAAAGGACUCCCAUUGGUUGCGUCAAGCUUGGCAAUUCUUAUGGGUUUGAAUCUUUUGGAGAUUAUUGAAUUAAAGCUGCCAUCAUUUUUCAACAACUUUGAUCCCCGUGCAGCUGCAUCUAAUUUCCCUUCUGGUGUACAAGCAUACUUGGCUGGCCUAACUUUUGCCCUAGCUGCCUCACCAUGCAGCACACCUGUCCUCGCUACUCUUUUGGGAUAUGUGGCUGCAUCAAAAGAUCCUGUGAUCGGUGGGAGCUUGCUGCUGACAUAUACAGUGGGAUAUGUAUCUCCUCUUCUUUUGGCAGCCUCAUUUACUGGGGCUCUGCAGGGUUUACUUUCGCUUAGGAUGUUCUCAGCGUGGAUAAAUCCAGCGAGCGGAGCACUUCUUUUAGGUGGAGGAAUUUAUACGCUACUGGAUAGGCUGUUUCCAGUAACAAUGGCAAUGUAGGUGAUGUUGGUGGGUCGGGCCAACCCGAGCAAUUUGGUUGACAAUUAUUCAUUUACAAUAGGGGGCAAUUUUGUUCAUUUGUUGUUAAGGGGUAUUUCAAUAUGUUUUCGC